CGGGUGGACGACGUUACAUCUCGUCCGUGCAACAGUCCGACGACCAGAGCAUGUCAAGGCAAGAUAUCGAGCGCAUGAACUCGGUGACGAAGGAUGAGGAGGAUGGGCAUAUCGAGGACUUGCCGAAGGGCAAGGAGCCCUUGUCGCCAGCCGAGCGGCAGGAGGCUUUCGAGGCGGCGCUGAAGAUCGACCCCGGGGUGAAGAGCUUCAGCUGGCAGGCGUUGCAGAUGUACUUGAUCACGCUCGUCGCUUGCUGCUGCUCCGGAGACACGGGAUUCGAUGGCACGGUCAUGGGCGGUAUCAACUCCAUGUGGCAAUAUCAGCAGUUCUUCGGUAUGACGGGGACAGGGUCGAAGACAAGUAUCGUCUUUGGUAUCUACACGAUCGGCUCGCUAUGUGGCACAUUUCCUGCAUCCUACCUCCCCGACCGCUUCGGCCGUCGAUUCUCCAUGUUCUUUGGCAACACCCUCAUCAUCAUCGGCGCCGCCUUGACUGCCAACUCACGCAACGAGGGCAUGUUCCUCGGUGGCCGUUUCUUGACUGGCAUGGGCGGUGGAUGCGCAGGCGCCAGCGCGAAGUCCUUCCUCGCCGAGCUCGCGCCGCCCAAGUGGAGAGGUGCAUACCUUGGCUUCCUCAACAGCUUCUACUAUAUCGGGCAGAUGGUGGCCACCGGCAUGAUGGUGGCGACCGGUCGUUGGGACAGCGAGCUCGCCUGGAGGCUGCCGCUAUACAUUCAGAUGGUUCCUGCGGCGCUCAACUUCUUGCUGGUGUUCUUGUGCCCGGAGUCACCGCGUUGGCUCUACAGCGUCGGAAAGGCCGACCAGGCCCGCCAGGUGCUCGCAAACCUUCACUCUCGCACCCGCGACAUCAACUCCCCGCUCAUCGCCCUCGAAAUGGACGAGAUCGAGGAGAAGGUCACGAUCGGUGGUGCGGACAAGCGCUGGUGGGACUUCCGCCCCCUCUUCCGCACGAAGGGCGAUCGCGCGCGCAUGAUCCGCGUCGUCACCGUCGGCUGGUUUGGCCAGCUCUCGGGCAACGGCCUCAUCACGUACUUCCUGCCUGUGCUGCUCAAGCAAGCGGGCAUCACGGACCAGAAUAAGCAGCUCACAUUGAACUUUGUGAACAGUGUGACGUCGUAUAUCGGAGCGCUUGCCGGCUCGUUCACGGUGGACCGCUGGGGACGCCGGAAGGUCCUGUUUUACAGCACGGUCACCAUUACGGGUAUUUUGGCCAUCGUCACCGGCUUGCUGGGCAGCAAUAAGGGCGGCAACCUGAUGCAGGCCAACGCUGGCAUCUCGUUCAUCUACCUCUUUAUGGUAGUCUUCUCGUACGGGUGGACGGCGAUGCAAGCGCUCUACCCCGCGGAAGUCCUGGGAUACCAAGCCCGCGCGAAGGGUCUCGCAUUCUUGGGCAUCGUAACACAGGUCGCGUCCUGUAUCAACACGUUUGGUCUCCCAGUCGCGCUCGACAAGAUUGGCUGGAAGGUGUAUCUGAUUUUCUGCAUCUGGGAUCUCUUCGAGUGCGUCGUCAUCUGGUUUAUGAUGGUCGAGACGAAGGGCCUGACGUUGGAAGAAAUUACGGAGGUGUUCGAGCAGAAGAAUCCUGUUGCAUACAGCAAGGAGCUGCUCAAGCACCACAAUCAGUCAGGGCUUGCUUGAGCGCAUAUCAGUCCUAUCUUCCUGUAUACUAGUAGUCAGCAGCGUAUUGAAGAUGAGUGUGAUACGGUCAUAUCAGAACUGUUGAGCAAGCCAUACAGCGCUGCGUCUGUGUCCUUCAGUGCAAAGUUUGCCUGCC